GCCCUGGUGGCUUCCAGUUCAUACAAAGAAAGCGUCGUGUUUUGAAGCAGUCAACUGCGCUUCCCUUGCUGAGAUCACAGUAUCGAGACUCCCCAUUGCUUUGCUUGAUUGCGACGUAACGAUAAACAUGACUCCCUAUCCCAGCUUCUGCUACUGCGCCAACUUCUAUUGCUCCGUGAGAUGCACCAACACGGUCAGCAAGUUCGGCGAGCGCUGCCUGCUCUGCACCGUAGCCAGGUGCGGCGUCUCGCUCACGCGCGGCAUGCUGCCGGAGGAGAGUCUCUGGCUGGUGUUCAACACGGAGGAUGAUGAGGACUGGGACAACAGCAGAGACAGCAACAACAACAACAGGCAGGGCGUGCGGCUUGACAGCGACCAGCCAAGUCACAGCGCCAGCAGCAACAGCGACAGUGACAGCAGCAGCAACAAGAGCAGCAGCAGCCGCUCUUGGCGCGCGACGUGGCCGUUCAGGGGCGCCUUCUCGCUGCCGUCGCUGUCGCCGAGCAGGAAGCCGCCGCAGGAUGGGCCGGGCGUGUGCCGGAACGGGCCGAGGGGGUCGAGGGCGUGGUAGGGAGGUGCUCACCUCGCGGGAUGCAGAGGGUAUGAGCAAGAUGGCCACGGCUUGCUGAGGUACAAGUUGGCAUAACCCUGAUCAAACAGGGACCGGCUGCAGGCCCGACGUCGGGCAAGAACACUUGGAAGACUCGGAACCGGGUGGUCGGUCGGCUACUGCGGUGUCGUGGUCUGCGUCGAGUAGCGAGCGCACUUCCUUAAUCAA